AUGGCGCCAUCAGACGACAACUCGACAAUAAACUCGCCAUGGACCGUCCUAUUUCCCCAUCAGAAUGACACUAGCGCCCUUCGCGCCAUCGUCGUCCCGAACUGGGUCAACUCCCCCAAUGUCCGAGGCACAAUGGACAUCCUCCAAAGCUGUCUCCUCACUCUCGUGGCGUGCAUUUACACUGCUUUGCGCCUCAACGUACCCGAGAAGACGGCUUGGUAUCAAAUCUUAUGGUCUAAAACGCAAUGGGUCGCUUUGACCUUCUUCGCGCCCGAGAUUGUGCUGUACAUGGCUGCCGACCAGUUACAGCGGGCUUGGGCGCUUCGGCGCAAGCUCCGCGACCUUCAGAGUCGGAGCGGCACAGUAGACAAAUCUGUAGGCGCUACUCUGUUUCUCUGA